CGAUUCACAGGCAUUGUCGCAGGCAAGGACUUUGACAGAUUUCCAAGGGCUCAAGUCCUUCCCGUUGAUCACACUGAUGCCAGCAGAUUACGAUGGGUAGGCCGCAGGAUGGGCUUUCACUGGAAGACGUAAAGAGUCAAGGCGCGAUAGAUGAUUAGGCCCGGGGUCACUGUGCGGAUGAUCUUCGAGCAGACCAUCAGCUGGGCUGCUUGAAGCAUGCCCCUGGCUCACUUUUAUGCAUACCGUAGAACAGAAAGACAGGCAUGUUCCGAUCCUGACCACACGACGAGACUGCAUUUGGAUUGCAGCUUUUACCUGCAAGGAAGCAAUUUUGCAGGUUAACGUGAUUGCUUUGGGGGUGAUCGCAUAGCAAUUGCAGUCAAGCUCGGCUGCCCAGUUGGCCAGCUGAGCAGGAUGCUUGGCCAUGCGCGACGCUGGAUGACCAUAGCCAUCCUGGUCACCGGCCUUGCAAUCGGCGCCUGCGGCGACACACUUCCUGCAGAUGUGCGUGCGCUCCAGGGCCUGCUGUCGGAGCUGGGUGCUCCGGUCACGCUGGCAGGGAGUUGGCAGGGCCAGGAUCCAUGUGCCACCAAGUGGCGGGGCAUCGUCUGUGACAUGGGCAGCCCCCAGAAGGUGGUCACCCUGGACCUGAGCGGCCUGCGGCUGUAUGGCGCCAUUCCCCCCAGCGUUGGGCUGCUGGUAAACUUGCAGAACCUGUACUUGGCACGCAAUGGCUUCUCGAGGUCCAUCCCGGUGGCAGUGGGCAGCCUGGGCCAGCUGCAGAGCUUCGACGUCUCCAACAACUCGCUCUCCGGGACAGUGCCCGCCAUCCUCGCAGCCCUGCCCCUCACCGCACUGUACCUGCAGGGCAACUCCUUUCUCCCCCCCCUCCCUGCUGAGCUGAACCGCAUCCUCACCCUCAAGGUCGACCCCUAUCUGCUUUCCGCUGCACCUGCCCCUGCCCCAGCAGAAGCCGAGCCUCUGUAUGCUCCAAAUCCAAUUCCUAAUUUGGGCGCUCCCAAUCCCUUUCCUUUCCUGGGGAAUCAGCCAAACUCACGUGACCCGGUCCUGGCAACAAACGGAAGCCAGACCGGCGGCCCUCUAGUCGGCGUGCCCAGCACAACCCCGAAUGCAUCUGCCGGCGGGUGCACGGAGGGUCCCUGGACCUGCUUCUGCAAUGGCGGCUUGCCCGGGCAGCAGCAAUGCAAUGGAACACGUGGGAGCUUCGAGCCCUGCAAUUGCACGGCGACCACGUGCAUGGCCUGCCCGGCCGGCACGGUGGUGCGGCCCACCCAGGGUCCUGCGUGCGACUGCGUGGCGGCCCUGCUGCUCCAGCUCAAGCUGCACAACGCCACGCUGAGCGCAUUCACAACCGCCGACGAGAGUGCCUUUCUCACAAACCUGGCAGCCACGCUGGGGGUCCAGCCGCAGCAGUUGACGGUGUCGUUGCGCGAGGCCGGCAGCGUGAUCCUCACGGUGCUACUGACUCCCCUCACCGGGCUCGCUCUGCCGACCAGUGCCGCCGCGACCGUCCGCACCACACUAGGAGCAGUGGGAAGCGACCCUGUGUACGGCCCCUAUGACGUCAUGCUGGUGCAAGAUCAAGGCUCGUCAGCGCGCGCGGUGUCGCCCUCCGCUGCUCUUGUUGCGGGCGGCCACUCGUUCGCCAAGACGACCCCCUUUUGGAUCGGCAUGCUGGUGCUCAACGCGGCGGCCAUCGCUAGUGUGGUAGGGGCCCUGCUGUACUGCCGCCACCGAAGGGGCAAGAAGGGCAAGCAGCUGACGUCAUUCCGCCACUUCGUGCAUCACCAGCAUUCCGUCAGCGCAGAGAAGCCGACCCACUCCGUCAGCCCAGCUGAGUCGGCAGUAGAUCCAAGUCUGAACUUCAGCUUUGGCCUACGGCGCGGCUUGAGCGGCGUCCCGCACGACGAGGGCGGCCCUGACAUUGUCGCCCGCUACUUCAGCUUCGACGAGCUGCACCAGGCAACCGGCGGGUUCGACGCCUUGCACAGGAUCGGCCACGGUGGCAGUUCUAUAGUGUACCGGGGCAAGCUCAAGGACGGCCGCACGGUGGCGGUGAAGCAGCUGAGCGUGUCGAGUUUGGCGGGCGUGGGCGACCGCGAGUUCUUGCUGGAGGUGGCGCUGCUGUCGCGGCUGCACCACUGCCACCUGGUGCAGCUCGUCGGCUACUGUGGCGAUGCGCACGAGCGACUCCUCGUCUACGAGUACAUGCCCGCUGGCACACUGCGCGAACACCUCAACGCCCCAAAUGGGCGGGUGCUGGACUGGCCGACGCGGCUGCAGAUCGCGCUGGGCGCGGCGCGGGGCCUGGAGUACCUGCACGAGGCCGCCAACCCGCGGGUCAUCCACAGGGACUUCAAGAGCUCGAACAUCCUUCUAGAUAAGAAGCUGCGGGCCAAGGUGUCCGACUUCGGCAUGGCCAAGCAGAUGGCGGAGGGCAGCCCGCUCGCGUCGCCGCACCUGACGCAGGUGCUCGGCACCUUCGGCUACUUCGCGCCAGAGUACGCCAUGAUGGGGCGGGCCACCACCAAGAGCGACAUCUUCAGCUUUGGCGUUGUUCUCCUGGAGCUCAUCAGCGGGCGGGCCCCGGUGGACAUGUCCCGGCCGAGGGGCCAGGAGAGCCUCGUGUUGUGGGCGUCCCCCCUGCUGCACGACGAGCAGCGCGUGCUGGCGGAGGUGGCGGACCCGGGCCUGGCGGGCCGCUUCUCCCCGCAGGACCUGCAGCGCCUCGCGCUCCUCGCGCUCGCCUGCCUGCAGCCCGACCCCGAGCAGCGGCCACGCAUGCCCGCCGUCGUGCAGUCCAUCCAGACGCUGCUCCCUGAGAACCAGCCCGCCCGGAGCGGGCCCUCCAGCUGGGCCAGGGAGGUCAGCGACAGGCUGACCCAGAGCUUCGACCCGCCCGCCUCGCGGCGCAGCAGCUGGGGCAAGCGCGGCAUGGCGCGGCCGCUCGUGUCGGGCGCCAGCGCGUCCACCUCGUCGCAUAGCUCAGCAUCCCCCUCCCAGACGUCCGACCAGAAGUCGACGAGCAGUAUUGGAGAAGCGAUACGAAAGACCUGGGUGGAGGUUACAAGCAAGCUGAAACCAGAGGACGGCUCACAGGCUUAGGUGAAACGAUCGUUACCGUACACUUUUCUAACCAUGGCUACUGCAGAAGGCUGCCAUUGGGCCCGAGUCCUAGAACAUAAGGUCAACGUUUCCAAUGUAACGGUCCAACAAAAUUCGGUCUAACCGUCACACGGUAGAAAGGCGAAUCGAUCACGUCGUCGACAAUUUCGGCCUCUUUGAUACAUUGUCUGGCUACACAAGAGCUAAUCAAUCUAACGUAGUGUCUUCCAGGUGCUUACAGUAAAAGAAGCGUACGGAGGGGUGGACCAAGCAAGCAAAUCCAUCAUGUGCAUACCGUACAUUCUUCUUGACUUAGCUAAGUACAGCAGAACAAACCCUGAAAGUGUUACCUUGAAGGUUGCAUUGCGACGUCAUCCAUGAAGCAUUUUAGACGUCCGCCUUAAACCACAGCCGCACAUCCGUUGCUCGGGCAACAUCGUACUCAU